AUGGAUGAUCAGCUACGGGACUUGAUCACGGAUGUCGUCCGAAGUGGCAGUGUGUACUUGGAAGACAGAACAGCUUCUAGGACAACUGUUUUUAUUGAUUUGCUUAAUGUAAGAUAAUAUAAAGUUGUUCAAAAAUAUUAAACUUUUAUUUUGUGGCAAACUUUUGGUUUAUGUACUUAAAAUCAUGUUUUUGCAGAAGUUGACUCAAAUAUGCACUGAACUUUACCCUACAGUAUUCUUAAAACCUUCCACGUAUCCAGUAACUCCAUUGUUAAAACUGUGUUAUGAAAUACUGGAACAUAUCAAUGUUGAUAACUACGUAUUCCAACGGGUCCUGCAAUUACUUUUUCGAAUUGUUAAAGUCAAUUUAUCGUUGCGACGCUUCUGUGCCAACUCUAUAAUGUUUCCUCAUGGUGUAUAUAAAGUGUUAAAGUAUAACCUACGGGCUCGUCAGAAUGUGGAAUUAGUGAUAGAUGCAUUCAAAGUGUUACAAUUGUUAACCUAUCGAACUGAAUUUGCGGUGGAAGGAUAUGGAAUGGACUUUUUGGCUAUUUUUUGUGACGAAAUGUAAGAAACAUGAAAUUGAGUAUAGCAUAGUCGUAUGAUUAUAAUGUUUGGUUUUUGAGACAUAAUCUGAUGAGAACUCAUUUCAGCAUUGAUCCACAAUCUCCCGAGAUGCUGUCUCAUUCUUUGUCAAUGUUAUGUAACCUUGUGACAAGAUCAAAAGAGUUAGCUCAUGUCUUUAUGCUCGAGUUUUAUCAGUCGUUAAGUCGGAAGUUCUUGUCGUAUCUAUCUAGUGACAAUUACUUGGUAGUAAUAUCUACUUUACUGAUACUCAAACGACUUAACACCCCAAUGAGCGAGAAGUUCUUCACGUCAUCAAACAUGUUUCAAACAUUGCUUUGUGCUUUUAACGUGCUAGCUCAAGCUGACACAACAUUGACUGUCGGUUUUGCUAGUGACUUUUUACGAUUAGUGCUGGUGACAACUAAUCGCGACAAUGAAAUGGAAGUUACAGAUUUGAGUAGAGAUUUUUCGACCUUUUCCUACUUUUCUAAUGCCAUUGAGAACACUGCCUUGAGGAUAACAAAGUUCGAUCCGAGGACAGAGGAAUCGCUCAAGAUAUUGUCUCUGUUAGGUGAUCUGGUUAAUAUUAAGUCUCUUCGAUCUCCGGUUUCUCAGAUAAUAAUAAAUGCUACGAAUGGAAGUGGAGAAAGUUGUUCGAAGAAUUUCUCAUCGCCCUUAAAGUCCUUGGUACGAAUGGUUGCGUUGGGGGUGGAUAAACAGCCUAAUUCCGAAGUUACUAUCAAUGCUAUCAAGCUGUUGAAUGUACUUAUUAAGGUAGGUUUUACAUUCUAACGUUAAUUAUAUGGCAUAGUUUAUCAUCGAUCUAUGUUUAUUUUAAAAUAUUUGUAGGAAAUUGUUGAUGAUGGUGCUGAACUUUCGAAGUACGAAAAUCCAGCUGUGUUAGUUGCCGUAGUUGAGAUGAAUGCUCAAACAUGUACAAAAGAAGAUACCUACGUUACUUAUUGUCAUCAUCUGAUCGCUCAGACUUUGAUUUUGGCUCAAAGUAAGCUAAUUUUUUAUUUUUUACGUUUGUUUGAUAAAAUUAACUUUUGUUAUCUAUUCUUUUGCAACUUGUUUAUUACUAUGCAGUUGUAGUAGUUUUUUUACAACGGUAAAACGUUAUUUUUGCUAAAUUCAAACAUAAUAUGCCAAGAACUGUUUUUUAAAAAUGCAACUUCAGCUCUAACCCAAGAUAAUGAGUCUUGUGACAUGCUAACAGAUGCGAUGAGCCCCGAAUUAUGUGCCAAGAUCAAUGAAACGCAAUUCAAACAAAAUUUAGAAGUUUUUCAAGCUUGCAGUUCUUUAAAUGGUAAUAUUGAUUCAAUUUAUUCCAAAACCAGCGGACUUAUGAUUCCGAUUGAAAUGAUAAAGUUACUGGCUUUGUUGAAAGAUCACUCUAGGAUUCAUAAGGACAUUUACUGGAGAACGCUAGAGGUAACUUGGUGUUUUGUUAGUAUUGUUUCUUGAUAAAAAAUUGAGUAUACGUUCCAAAAUUUGUAAAGUGUUAUUGAUAAUACAACUGAAAAUAUUGUUCCGUAUGUUCUUGUACGCAAUGUGUAAUAAUUCAAAUUUCAGGAUGAACGUAUCUUGCCUUUCAUAGCCUACAGUCUGAUAAACGGGACAGUUGAUCAAAUCCAAAGCACGUUGACAGUAGUACCUCAAUGUGCACAAAAACUGUCGUUUCCAUGGGACAUUUUGGCUAGAAACAUCGCAAAUUGUAGUAAUAACACAUCGAAAUCAGAAGCUAAUUCUUCAAAGUCUUCGAUUGAGAACGACGAGGAGAAACAGAUGUUGCUACAGACUGUGAUAGACCUGAGGAAGGAGUUGGAUACCUGUAAAAUGGAAUUGAGUGGCAGCAAACACAAAGCGAAGGAAAAGGAAGACUUGUUGGACAUGAUGACAAAAAGGAAUGUAGAGUUGGAACAGAAAUUAGACAAGGCAUUGAAAGAGGUGAGGAAUAGGUUAUGGAUUAUAUUUUUGAUCCACAAUAUAUACUAAUGACAACGUUUUUCAGCUUGACCAAGUAAAAGCAGUGCAAAAUCAGGUUGCUUCUCUGAUAAGUGAUACUACAAACGACUUUGGUGGAUUCACUAUUAAAAAUCGUCUGUUUGAGAAACGGAAUGGAAAAAAGUAGUUGUAGAUUGUACAUAAGCAGAAGCUGGAAAUAAAAAUUUACUUUACUUGUUUUGGAUAACAAUAUUUGAUAGAUACAGAGAAACCUUUGUAUAACGAAUUGUUAGGAGUUUUAAAAUUAGUUUGUUAUAUAGAGGUUUCAAAUGCACUAAGUAGUGUGCGCCGGGGAUUCAAAAGUUGUUUCUUAUACGGAGGUUUUGUUAUAUAGGAGUUCCUCAGGUUUCACUGUAAUUCAAACUCUUUGACCUUACCAAAUUUUUAAUUUUAAAAUUAACUUUUCAAUUGGUUUUUGAACGAAUUACAGUAACCGGCUGUUCAACUUUGACUGAAAAUUAUAGUUUAAACGUUCUUACCCAGUAACCUUAUUUUUCCAAAAUUAAAAGUAACAUGUCCAGUGUGACAAGUUCGUCGGCUACAGGAUCAUUUCAAAGUGAUGUUACACAAGCUUCACUCAACUUGUCAGCUAGUAGCAAGGUCCACAACGAGUUCCUGGAGCGAUUACUUCUUAGAAUGAACAGUGUUGGCAUGAAGAAGGAUCACAAGGGAGAACCGACUGCAGAAAUGGAGGUAUACAUUGCUCCAGAAGAGUUGUUCAAGGUUUGUCAGUUGGCUGUGGAGUCAUUUCAGAAGCAACAGACUUUGUUACAGAUUGGAAAGUAAGUUUAGUGAUUUAUUUUAUUAUAUAUUGUAGUAGCUUUGUCUUUACUUUACAUUGAUUUGAUGGUAUACAAAGGAGUACGUUAAUUUUCAAAUUUUAAUAAUAUUGUCAUUUAUAUUAACUUUUCAGGGAAGUUUUGCCGAUUACUGUAUGUGCUGAUAUUCAUGGCCAAUUCCGGGAUGUUCGUAUGUUGGUAGAGAAACACGGUUUUUUUGAUAAACAUUCUUACCUGUUCCUAGGCGACUACGCUGACCGUGGCACUCAAGGAGUCGAGACCGUGUGUUAUCUAUUGUCAGCCAAAGUGCUGUUCCCAGAUCGUGUCCAUUUGUUGCGUGGGAAUCAUGAAGACUACAACACAUCGAUGGUAUACGGUCUGUUCGAUGAAUGUUUGGAAAAGUACGGUACUUAUGUUGGACAGAGACUGUGGCUGAGCUUGAUCAACGCCUUCAAUCACAUGCCAUUUGCUGCUUUGAUCGAUAAGAAGAUUUUGUGUAUGCAUGGAGGAUUAAGCCCUGAAAUGACUACUGUCGAGGAUAUCAACAAAGUAUGACAAAAUUUUGAUAUUUAGACUUUAAAAGGUAGAAUAUAUUAUUUUAAAAACAUUAACUUCUUCAAAAAUGAUUUGUUAAAGUGUAAUAUAACAUUUUUUAUUGAUUAUAAAAUUAUAUGCUUAAGAUUCGCCGUCCCACCAUGGUACCAUUGUAUGGGAUGGCAUGUGACAUUGUUUGGUCAGACCCUUCUAAUGUUCAUGAAGGCUGGGCCUUGAGUCCUCGAGGAAUUUCGUUCACUUUCGAUGAUUCUGUCGCCGAAAAGUUUUGUGAAGCAAAUGGAAUCGAUUUGAUUGUGCGUGGGCAUCAGAUCACAAAUGAGGUUAGAAAUUGAUACUUUCAAAAAUUUUUUGUUAAAAAUUUCGAAAGUAAAGGUCGAAGUUUGUAAGUUUAGUCGAGCUUGCAAAGUUUUUGUUAUUUGAUGUUGUGACAUAAUAUUGAACAAGGUUUUAUGAUGUGAUUAUUAUUUUUGUAAUUAAAUUUUUUAAAUUAAUUUUCUUUAGAUGCAUCGUUGCGGAUAUCAGUUUAGUCCAAGUGCAAGAGUACUGACUUUGUUUACUGCCAGUGAUUACCUUCGCACCGCAAACACUGGAGCUACCAUGACUAUUAGUCCUUCAGUAAGUAUUCUGACAGUUUUUUAAAAAUUUUUCUUGUUAAUUAAACUUUUUUUACUAGUUGAAAUUUUACAAAUUAAAAUAAUUAUUUCCAGUUAGAGGUUCUGUUCACCCUGUUCCGACCACUUGAUCGCAAACGUCUCCGCAAAAUCAACCGCCAGCACAAGGUGGACAACACUAAAUCAACUAUUGGCAACUAA